AUGUUCAACAACAAAGUCACACUGGCAGAGACAAUUGAAGCUACCAGACAAUUCGACGAAGAAAAUGUGCUCAGCAUAACAAGAUAUGGGUUGGUCUUCAAGGCUUGUUAUGCUGAUGGUAUGGUGUUAUCAGUCCGCCGCUUCCCAGAUGGAGCACUCAAUGAAAACUUGUUCAGAAAAGAAGCUGAAGAAGAGGCUGCCUCAUUUUCUUCAUCUGGUGCACCUUCACCCACCAACCCAUCAACAAAUUUCCAAAAAUUAAACAAACACAAAUAA